GAUGCCCGUGGCAGCCAUCUUUGUUGAUGUGUCAGCUUUCAGUUCCUGUGAGGGGGCUGCCGCAGGAACAAGAGGAGCGAGAAUGGCUCUGUAACCCUCCCGCUACACGCACACCCACCCCGUUACGCAUUCUGGGUCUCCGGUUCUAAUUAGCAAUGGGAGAGCGGCUACUAAUGCAACAGAUGCUCCGGUCCCCAGCCUCCUAGCAAACGGAUUUUUGGUGAAAAGAUGGAUGAGCACUUACCAGAACAGCAUAAUACUCCAAGGAUGGUUAACCUAUCAGAGACUGAUAAUGAAUCUUCCAACUUACCAAGUGUUGAAGAAGCUGACAAAAAUUAUGAUAUUCAGGAUGAUGUACAUAUUGCAGAUGCAAGAUGUGAAAAAAGCACUUUAAGCAUAGAAAAUAAAGAGUUAAUACUGGAUCCCAUCUUAUCAUCUAUUGAUUUAAAUGAGGAUGGAAAUGUAAUUGAAGCACAACCUGCUCCAAACUUUAAUGGAGACUGCUGUGAGUUAAAAGUAAAAGAAUCCAAGGAAGCAGAUUGCUUGCCUAGUGGGCAAGGUGAACAGCAUGUUUUGAAAACGGAGGACAAAAAUCAGUCCUUGACGGACCUAUUUCAAGAUCAUGUGAAAAGACCUUAUGGGGUCUGUUCAGAGAGCCCAUAUGACACGGAUUACACUAAGAACCUUAUCUCAAAUCUAGAGAAUGCUUCCUCUCAGGAGGCUUUGCUAGAAGAAAUUGAAUCUGAGCUCCUGUCAACAGAGUUGUUGAAAAAUCCUACACUUUCAAACGGAAUGUGCAAUACCAAGGCUACCUUGGCUGUGUUUGAAAAAUGUAUUCAAGAUAAAUAUUUACAGCAAGAGCACACAAUAAAGAAAUUGAUUAAGGAAAACAAGAAACAUCAGGAACUAAUUUUGGACAUUUGUUCAGAAAAGGACAACUUAAAGGAUGAGCUGAAGAAGAGAACAGAAACUGAAAAGCAACAUCUCAAUAUAAUUAGACAGCUUGAAGUGAGAAUAGAAGACCUCCAGAAAGAAGCUAAAAUGGUUAAAGAUAAACUUAUAUCUCAGGAUGCUGCUGCAAAAAAUGCUAUACAGCAAUUGCACAAAGAGAUGGCCUUUCGCACAGAUCAGGCAAACAAGAAAUGUGAAGAAGCCCGUCAAGAAAAGGAAGCUAUGGUCAUGAAGUAUGUUAGAGGAGAAAAGGAGUCCUUAGACCUCAGGAAGGAGAAGGAGACCCUUGAAAGAAAACUGAGAGAUGCAAACAAAGAUAUUGAAAAGCAUACUAACAAAAUUAAGCAGCUUUCCCAGGAAAAAGCAAGAUUGCACCAACUAUUUGAAAGCAAGGAAAAUGAAACCACCAGAAUGUCACGAGAUAUUGAAAAAUUAAAAGAAGAAGUCAAUUCUUAUGUGAUCAAAGUAAAAUGGGCUCAAAAUAAAUUAAAGGCUGAAGUGGAUUUACACAAGGAAACCAAAGAUCGCCUUAAAGAGGCAACAGCAAAGUUAACUCAAGCCAAGGAGGAAACUGAUCAGAUACGAAAGAAUUGCCAAGAAAUAAUAAAAACAUAUCAGGAGUCUGAAGAAAUUAAAUCCAAUGAAUUGGACAUAAAACUUCGGCUUACUAAAGGAGAACUAGAAAAACAAUUGCAAGAGAGAUCUGAUCACCUAGAGGUCCAUCAUGCCAAGAUAAAAGAACUUGAAGAUGUGAAGAGAACAUUUAAGGAAGGCAUGGAUGAAUUGCGAACAUUAAGGACAAAGGUCAAAUGUUUAGAAGAUGAACGGUUGAGAACAGAAGAUGAGUUAUCAAAAUACAGAGAACUUAUUAAUCGACAGAAAGCUGAAAUUCAUAAUUUGCUAGAGAAAGUAAAAACUCUAGACCAGCUGCAGGAGCAACAUCAAAGAGAUGAACAAGAAAUGAACUCUUGGAAAGAAGAAGUGGAUAAUCUGAACAGUCUGCUUAGCGACUUCCAGCAGGACAUAGAUGGCAGUCGGAAAAGAGAGUCUGAGCUGUUGGUAUUCACUGAAAAGCUAACCACGAAGAAUGCCCAACUCCAGUCAGAAACCAACUCCUUACAGAUGCAACUUGAUAAGCUAACCUUCAUGGAGAGAGAGUCUCAGAAUCAGCUGGAACUUAUUAAUCAAGCAAGAGAUGAACUGGCAAAUAAGUUGAAGAAGGAAGACGAGCUCCAUAGAAACAAGGUCCAGAUACUGGAGAUGGAACUAGCAUCUCAACAGAAAUCAUUUGCAAACUUGAACACCAAGGCAGAGGAAUUAAAAGAUGAACUCAUGACGCAGAAGCGAAAGCAUGCUGCAAAUCUUAAAGAUCUCACCAAACAACUUCAACAAGCACGGAGAAAAUUGGAUAACCUUGAAAAUGGCAGUUGUGAUAAAGAAGUCAGCAGCAUGGGGAGUCGUUCCAGCUCAUCAGGGUCCCUUAAUGCUCGGAGCAGCAAUGAAGAUCGUUCACCAGAAAACACGGGCUCUUCAGUAGUAGUUGAUCAUUUUCCUGAAGUAGACAAGACUAUCUUGAUUGAGCGGAUAGUAAGACUGCAGAAAGCACAUGCUCGGAAAAAUGAAAAGAUGGAGUUUAUGGAGGAUCAUAUCAAACAACUAGUGGAUGAAAUUCGGAAAAAAACCAAAAUAAUCCAGAGUUACAUUUUGCGGGAAGAAGCUGGCACGCUUUCAUCUGAAGCAUCGGAUUUCAAUAAAGCACAUUUAAGUCGGCGCGGUGGAAUCAUGGCCUCUCUCUAUACAUCACACCCUGCAGACAGCGGACUCACAUUAGAACUUUCUCUGGAGAUAAACAGGAAACUUCAGGCAGUCCUGGAGGAUACCUUAUUGAAAAAUAUUACCUUAAAAGAUAACCUACAAACUCUUGGAACUGAAAUAGAACGAUUAAUUAAGCAACAACAUGAAUUAGAACAGAGGCUGAAGCAGACAUAACUGAGACCAAGAUCAGAAAAAUAGAUAUUUCAGCUUUGAUGAUUAUAUAAAAUUGGAUGGCCAGAUAUGACAGUCCAAUGAAGUCUUAACAAAAUAAAGUUGAUUGUGAACAACUUUGACUAGGUCCGAAUGUCUGGUUUGCUUAAACAAAUGGAGACCUUGAACUUUUCUGAACAUACUUCCAUCCAUCACUAAAUUAGUCAUAUCAACACUUGCAGCUUCUUCUUGUUAGAGAGAAUGCAACCACUCUGCUUUGUGCAAUUAAAAGAGCAACUUUAAAAAAUGGACUACUGUAUAAGACUGGUGCAUUUGUUGUCGAUAUUCGUUUUGCAGAACAAAGACGAGGAGGAAAAGGGGUGGCUGUUGCAUGUAUAUUAACCCCAGUGCCUUCUAGGGCAUACAUCUUUUUCGCCAAAUAUAGAUGCGUUCUUGGAUAUAUUUAGAUUUGUUAUUUAUAACAUGCAUUGCGAAAGGGCUUCAUAGUACACAUUCUUUUAAUAUACAGUUGAAAGAUAUGACAGGUAUUUUAGCAACUUGACCAAAAACAUUUCUUAAAAUCCCUCAUCCUCAAAUGUGAAUAAUAUCCUUUUUCUUUAAAGAAAAAUCCCUCUUAAAAAAAAAAAGAUUGUGAAAACUCUAUAGAGUAUAGACAUAAGAGGUUAAAACCGGUUCUGUAUAUAUGGGAAAACAAAAUAUAGAGUCAUGAAGCCUUCAAAUCUUGCAGAUUGGCUGUGUUGAUUGAAAUGGAAAUAAUAGACACUGUGAUGACUACACAUAAGCACAGGUGACAUUAAUAUAUCUGUUCAAGUGACUGAUAAGAUCCCAUAUUGGUUGGGAAAAAAA